AUGGGCAACCAAUCCAGCACCCUUCAUGCCCACAAACUCUCCAAGCCCAGGACAAACUCCAAUUCCCCGCCCGUCGCCCCAAGGCCCGACGUGCCCGACGACUCGGCCUCGCCCAGUCCCGUCGACCUGAGCCCGGAAGGCCGCCAGCAGAUCAAGGACGCGCUCCUCUCGCCCACGGCCCCGGCCUUUGAUGUCGCGCCGUGCAUGCAGAAAAAAGACAGCGCUGUAGACACCAUCAAGACCCGCGACCGUUCCGUCUCCAUAACGUCCAAAUCCCUCUCCAGGUCAAACUCGCGCUCCAAUUCCCGCUCCAAUUCCCUGUCAUGCUUUGGCAGCAAACACGGCUCCACAGCUAGGCUCGCAGGACUGGGUGAUUCCAAACUCUCCCUCGCCUCGUCCUCCAACAUGGAUAUUGCAGAGGCCAUCCGGCUGCUGCAAGAAGUCAAGAGAAAUGCCUCUCCAGAGGACAUUGCAGCCCUCCAGCAAGUGCUCGAGAUGCCCGAAGAGGAUGCAGCGCCCAGCCCAGGCCGCGCAGCGGCGACAAUGAACAGGUCCUCUUCUACCUCGCUCACACGCCGCCAGUCUCUACUCCAGACGCCAGGUGUUGGCACUCGCGGCUCUCCCGUUGAGGCGCGCCGUAGGACAUGGAACUCGUGGAGGGCCCCAAAGCAGGAGCCUGAAGACGACGCCAGAUGGCGACAUAACACGCGCAUUACUCCGCCCUUUGGUCCUCCGCCGACUGCCUUCUCAGCUGAAAUCGCUCAGGAGAGUGCAAGACCUCGGGUGGCAACGCCAUCCGACAUGGAAUAUUCGCACCUUGGAGGCUUUCGCCCCGGAACCCUGGUAGUCACAAACGGACCCGCAUCACCAGCCUCGAGUAUCAAGGGCUCCAAUCGUCUAAAUGCCGAAGACGAAGACUCAGAGACAGAGUACGGCUCUGGGCCACUGAUGAUGAAGACCACACGGCGCUUCGGCCAUGCAAAAAGCCAUUCUGCCUCACUCCCGGCAACAUCGCCUCUCUUUGCAGCCGAGAGUGCGGAUGCACCGAGUGGCCAUGUUUCAGUUCAGGCGGACCUUCAAUCAAACAGCGGCUCACAGGCCGUGGACAGAAACGAAAACAGCGCGCCUGAUUCUGCUCAGGGCCAUCAGGUCGAUAUUGCACCUAGCCAGCCUCCAGCAUCAGAGGAGCAUCCAAGUCUCCACAAGGACGAGGGCUUUGUUUCAGAUGACGCACGUUCCUCUGAAUCGGAGGCUACUUGUGCGUCCCAAGAUUCAGAGUCAGCCGCAACUGCACCACAAGCCGUUGCCAAGGUAUCAGCUGCUUUGUCUGUUCCAAGCACUGCGGCAAUGAAGAAGCCCAGGAAUGGGGCUACACAAAGACCGCCUCCACGAACUACUGAUUCGGGUUAUUCGUCUGGCGCUAGUCUGCGCGUGGCGGAUCCAGCCAAUUCAUCUCCUGACCAUGAUGGCUCACAGUAUACUGAGUCUGUGCCAAUGCAAGGCUUGGGCGUUCCCGUGACUGCAGGAACUCUGGUCCAACCAACAUUGGUCACAGUGAACGCAGUGCGGUCAGACCGACCAAGGCCGCCUCGGCGCAUCUCUGUACAUUCUGCAAACUCCUCAGCCAGGUCAUCCGCGUCAGGGCCUUUGCGCUCGCCUCAGACUCCCCAUUCGCUCUCUUCAACCGCAUCAUUUGACAGUAGUAUUGGCAAGUCCCAGAAGCGUCUUCACCGAAGACGGAAGUCGCAGGCAGAUGCUUUGGUUGUCCAGUCGUGUCAGCCGAUCCCAGAAGGCAAGAUUCCCGAGAUUCCCGCCAACGUGCGAGCCAACUUUGAACGACGCGUGGCAAGGACCCCGGGCAUGGAUUGUUUGACACACACAUAUCCUUCAAAAGACCAUGUUGUGGCUGAAGAGCACAGAGCCAGCGUGCCACUCCCAGGUCACACCGAGUUCAGGUUGCUGGCUGAGCUCGAGGCUGAACGCAUGUCGACACCUGCUGCUCCGAACCACCGAAGGAGCUUUCCGUUUUUUCGUAGAAAGUCGAUGAGUGAUAAACGGGAAGCUCAGAAAGAGGCACAGGGCGUAACCAUCGAAGCUGGCUAUCUGGAGCACAUUGCCGCGUCAAUCGGCACUUCUCCAUACGAUGCCAUCACGCCUGGCCUACCCAAGCAAACGGCUGGUUCUGCAGCAUACCCACACCGGCUCGGGACGUCUGUGCCUCGUGCAAAAUCCAUGGUCAACAUGGAUAACCAGGCUGCCAUUGAAUUUGCGCGCGCACACAGCAGAGAUGUUGCGUCUUCAAGACACAUGCUGCCUCAGCAGCGACGCAAGAGCUUUCACGGCUCGAGGAUGGAGGCUGGCGAAGCCGGAAUGACCAAGUUUCGUCCACUCAGCUUGGAUAUUCCGCCCGUGCCGUCUAUUGACAUGUCUAAGCUGUCAGUUCCCCACGGCGCCAAUCCGCAAGCAAGGAGGCGAAGUCCAGGACCAUCUGGGCCAGGUGCUGGCCCAAGGCGUCCUGGUCACCGACGCAGUCAAACCGUUGCCCCGAUGGCAAGCAACAGCAGCGCUUAUCUGCAGGAGCCCCCGCGGCACAGCGUGCAAUGGAAUGCCCGCCCCAAGUCUUGGCACCAGCGCCGCAACACGGUGGGAGAGGGCAUGCAUUCCAUGGAUGCCGUCGCUGUUGCCGUCAACAAACGUGCUUCUGUUGGCUCGCAAAGUAAGCCGCAGGCGCCGGAGAGGCCUGCCGCUUGGGGCCGCUACAGUGGUGGCUUAGGAUACGACUACGAGGGCCGUGGAGUGGGCGUUGGAGGAAGCGCUGGUACGCGACAGCUCAAUAGCUGUGCAUCGGUCAAGUCGCUGCACUACAAGCACCAGUACGGGGUGGAUCUCUCAGAUGUGCCCAUUAUGCUCCAGCGCGUUUAGAUAAUACUGUCUUGGGCUGUUCGUGAAAAAAAAAUUGGAUACCGGCGUUGGGUUUCGGUUGCUGCAACGUGCUCAGGGCGGCGUUGGGCUUUGACGGCUGGUUAGCAUUUGCAUUGCGCACACGCAUACAAAACACAGACUUACUACAGCUAUUAUACAUACGAAGUCGCAUGUGGGAGCUGUGCAGGAGUUUGGCGGUCGUUUCUUUUCUUUUCUUUUUCUUCGGCACAUAUACAUAGAUAAUGCAC